GAUAAGGAAGUGAUCUUUUCAGCUGAGAGCAAGCUACUUGUCUGCUUGGUUUUAAGUGUGUGCAUGUGUAUGUUUGAAAGCGUAUUCUCUUUAUCUCUAAAAUGAAACUCUCACCCCAGAAACUCCAUUAAUCCCUUAUGGACUCAAUCUUGCAGCCACAUCAUGGGAUCCAGACUGAAAGAAACUCCAGACAGACCUUUUUACUGGUUUUUUCAAGCCUCAUGCCCAAUUGCCAGAGACAAAGAUCCUGGGUUACUGUUUCAAUUCCCAGAGGACUUCAGUGAUGAGGAGUGUAUGCAGUCCCUUCCACAAUUCUGCUUCCCAUAUGACAUAGAAAGGGUGAAGGAUGGCGUGGCUGUGCAACACUUCACCUUCGUGCUCACAGACCUAGAGGGAUGCCAGCGCUUUGGCUUCUGCAGGCUGACGUCCAGCUCCCAGACCUGCCUCUGUAUCCUCAGUUAUCUGCCCUGGUUUGAGGUCUUUUAUAAACUACUGAAUAACCUGGCAGACUAUUUGACAAAAGGCCAGAUUAAUGAGCUGCAGGAGCUACUGAUGAUUCUGUACAAACAACCUGUGCCUAUGGCUAAUGACCCUGUCACUAUGCAACUGAUCCCAUAUUUUAUAGCACCCGAUCCCAAAGCCUUACCAUCUAUACCAGAGAGUAGAAACCUGACAGAACUGGUAGUGGCUGUAGACGUGGGGAAUCUGAUGCAGCUAUAUGCUAGCAUGCUGUUUGAGAGACGCAUCCUCAUUUGCUGUAGUAAACUCAGCACGCUGACAGCAUGUGUACAUGCGUGUGCUGGCAUGCUUUUCCCCAUGUACUGGCAACACAUCUUUAUACCAGUUCUACCCCCACACCUGCUAGAUUACUGCUGUGCUCCAAUGCCGUACCUUAUUGGUAUUCACUCUAGCCUCAUGGAGAGAGUGCGAAGUCGGGCUCUGGAGGAUGUGGUCAUUCUGAAUGUGGACACCAACACUAUGGAGUCUGACUAUGAAGAUCUGAAGAAGCUGCCCCCAGAUGUGGUGGCAGCUCUUAAAGUGAGGCUGAAGCGGCAGGCGUCAUCUCCUGGUACUGGGGUGGCACGAUCGCUUCUCCGAGCACAGGCCGUUCUUUUUGGAGGUUACAGAGAUGCCUUACUCUACCCUGCUGAAGGACCUGUAUUGUUCAGUGAGGAGAUGUUUCUUACCCACAAGUCUCACUCCAUGAGACAGUUCCUUGAGAGUUCUAUUCACCUGCAGUUUUUCAAACAGUUUAUUGAUGAGCGUUUGGAGAUGCUGAACCAGGGUAAAAUACCAGAUGACUUGUUUGAGGAAGAAAUCUUGCAGUGUGGUGCAUCAUCAGGCAGUUCAAAACCUUACCAGCAGUGGGUGGGGAACCUGAAGAAAGGAGGAGAUGCACUGAUUCUGACAGUGAAGUCCAAGGCUCAGCUGUAUAAAAGUGCCAAAUGCUCCAGACUGAAGAACCUCAUUCAGCCAAAGCAAAAGGAAUCUCACUCUCUCCAGAGAGGCGGGUCCAUGUAUCGCCUCAUCCAAUCAGAUUGCCUUCAGAACCGACUACCAAUCACACAGCACUUUGGCAAGUCCCGUCCCCGAAGACCUGCACGUAAACAUGCCAACCUGCAGGAGGAAGAGUCACCACAAGAAAACAGCAGCUGGGUAGAGGAAAGUCAUGGGGAAUCAGGCUCCAGUGGUGGACACCUGCAGGAGGACCCUGAGCUGUCCAUGCUGACGGACCCAGAGGAGAUGGACCUACUGGGGGAGAUCUUCGACACGCUGAAUGCCCAGAGCUCCAGAGAGCCAGGCUUGCUGUACAGCACACGCAGCCUCGACCUCUUCAGCUCUGACUGCACUGACUACAUCACAAGAAGGAGCUUGACCACACCCAGUCAGGAGAGCUUGAGUCUUUCCAUUGGUAACAGUGGAAGCCUGAAGAGCUGGGAGGAGGGACUUGAGGAAGGGCCAUACACUGAGGAGGAAGGGUUUGAGGUCCUGAUUGAUGAAACAGAGAGAGACGUGAUUGGUGCAAAAGAAGGCCAUGGCAUAUCAGGGGAGGAGCUAUGUGUGGAUCUUGGAAGUUUAAUGGAUGAGCCCAAAGGUUUAGGGGAGGAGCUUAAAGAGGAACCAGGUGACCAUCACCCAGUGCAUGAAGUAAAAGAGAAUGACAGUACUGGGGAAGAUGGCCGGUCAGGGGAGGACCAAAGACAGGAGGGAAGCAUCAAAGACCAAAAACAGAACAAUACCACUGAGGAGGAACAUGAUCUGAACAAAGAGCAUAAAGACCUGGAGGCCCCAUACUGUGACUCUCCCCAGAAAAAGGAGUCUCUGUCUGGACAAGAGGUCAGCACUGAUAUUUGUUUAGAACCAUUACAUGAAGAAAGCUUCGUCCCUAAUCAGUCCUGUCAGGAUGAGAGAGGUGAAGAAGAGGAGAGAGGGGGAAAAGAAGAGAGUGGAGAGCAAUUAACUCCUCUUGUACUGUCUACAGUGGCUAUGUUGCAGGCCAAGGCCUCCCAGACCAGGAUCUCGCCUGAGACCGCCAAAUCUGGCUACAGUCUAAAAGGCUCCGAUAUGUCUCUCAAGAGCUCCGCUAGAGGCCCCAUGUUCCAGGCCUCUUCCAGCAGACCCGUCUCAAGCCCACAAACUGAAGACCAUGUCAUAAAACCCGCUAACACAACCCUGACUGACUCAUCCACUGAAGACCAAGACCUGCCCUCCAUUAAAGUCUCAGAACUUAAAAAGAGGUUUGAGUUAUAAUCAGUACAUUUGUCAAGUAAUUGCAUGCUUCCAAGCCAGUCAGAUCCAAUUCUACAUUUACAGAAGAUAAAUGUAGUACUUACAAAGGACAAGUGAUUACCAGAUUUAAAACACAGAGGAUUGGUAUGAGGCUUAAUCAUGCAUUCAGUUUCCCCAGUACAUUGUGCUCUUAAUAUGUUACCUAUUGCAGUGUGUCGUGCGAUACUUCCUCUGCCACCUUACAAUGACUCAUCUGUUACUAGCAGUUUGAAAAAUGGGCUAUCGACCCCAAUGAAACAGAGCUGGCAACAUGAGGAAAUGUUUUUAUUUUCAAAUGAACCUAUUUCUACACAUUAAAGGUCUUACUUCUAUUUUAUAUUUGGCAGAACACUCCAUAGCACAGUGGUCAUGUACCACAGUGAUGAUGUACCAGUGAUUAUGUGGAUAACUUACACUGGGAUAACCAAGUUCAGCCCUGGUGACCUAACCAAGCUUAGUUCUGGGAUUCCUGCGUGUGUAUUCAGGUGCUACCAAAGCCCUUAAUUAACCACAUCAGGUGUGCUGCACUGGGAGUUAAACUAAACUCUGGGCCAGACUGGUUAGACUGAGACUCAGCAUGCAGACCUACAAAAUAUUUGAAACUGCUGAGGAGAAAUAAAUGAAAAAUAAUAAACAAACAAGCAAAACUAACAAACAAGUCACCAGUUCUAAGUAUCACAUUUAUUAGUUGUCCUUUGUUGGCAACAGAUAUCUGAAAAGCAUUUCAAAUAUAACUCGAACAGAGAGUUUUGCCCUCUGACAGGGCCUGCCGUGGGCAAUGAUUGACACAGCAAACAUUUACAAAACCAUCUAAGCCAAAACCAAAUCAAUCUGGUUCAAUCAUUCCCAGCAAACCAGGGAUACCCAGGCCACUUUCAUGAGCAGCCCUCACCCUUAGACUGCACAUUUCAGAGUUUUCUUAGAGACCAAACUCUGUGCAGAACAUAUUCAAGUUCUAUGAAAUAUUCAGAACAUGCAGAAAACUAUAAAUGCAAAGUUAUACUUCAGCAUAAAUUUUUAUUUAUUUUAUUAAUAAUUUCUCAUUGCAAACAAUCAUUUAUCAUGCCAUUAUAUUAAUCAUUACAAAUAAUUCACAGGGUGUCCAUUUGUUCUUCACUUAAGAAUAUAUAAAAUACAUAUUGUAUCAAAAAAAACUUCAAAAUCUCAAAAAGAGACAACAGUAGAAAAAUAAUCUCUCUCUCUUGAACUCCAUUACCAUAAUCCCAACAAAGUGUACAUCUUUGAGUGGAUUUUCCACUUUCAUCCCAUAACAAAAAUAAUUCUGUGCACAAGAGGAAGUUGAUAUGAGUUCAGUGUUGUAACAGAGAUCUUGACAGAGUUAUGCUCCACUAGCCCGCCUCGACCAGCAUACACACACACUAGGGUCAAGCCUCAGCCUCGGGUACACUCACAGCAGUGCUUUGAAGUGUGCAUGUUAAAACACAUCCUAACACCAUUGUGUUUGUGGAGCAAACCUAAAAAGGCCGUUGCACCAGGUGGCAUCUUGGCACACUGAUCGGUUUCUUGGGUGACAAUGCAUGAGUGCGUCUAUAGCUAAGGAAGUGUACUGAGCGUGCUAUGCGUCAGACUUCUCCGAGUAUGCUUUUGUUUUUACUGUUCUGAUAUUCACAGUUAUAGAGUGAUACACUUAUCACAGUUCAUCUAUAUCAGUGCAUACUUGGCCUGAGUGAUCACAGGCCUACAGAUAUACAGAACUACAGGGGUUAAGAGCAGAUCUCAGA